AUGACUGAAAUUGACCAGUCUAUUCUGAAUGAUGUUGACAUGUACCAUGACGAAAAUAAUACUAGUAAUGAAGAUGAAUCUUGCGCAUGUAAUUUUGAGGACAGUGAGGGUGAAGCUCACAUUUACGACAGCAGCCAAAUCAGUACAAAUACUUUUACCAAGGCCAAGUUGAUGAGUAUUCAUCUGUCUCAAUUGAUGCUACAGCAUAGAAUUGCUAGAGCAGCAUAUAGAGAUAUUGUUCAAUUUAUAAACACUGUCAUCCGAGACCAUGACGAUAUAAUGAUGGAACGUGGGGCUAAGAUCAGUCAUGGCGAAACUGUUGAUGCUUUGCUCAAGUCAAAGUCAAGUGUCAAGGGCCAUGAGUAUGAUAUCUGCUCUAGUGGUUGUCGAUUAUAUGGCAUUAAUGACAACCAGGAAUCUUGUGUUGACUGCGGCAAACCGCGAUACAAGACUGAUCCCAAUCAAAGUCAGACACCAGCCGCCAAUAUGAAACUUAUGUCAGUUGGGGAUAUGCUUUCUCAAAUGUUGGCAGAUCCAGCCACAAGAGAACUCCUCUGUUACAGAGCAAACCGGGAAUCUGUAGCUGGUCAGCUAACCAACAUUUUUGAUGGUGACAAUUACAAGCAGUUGGUGCAGCAGGGCCUGUUCUCCAAUCCCAAUGAUAUUGCCAUUGGGCUUUAUACCAAUGGACCCAUCCAUCAGAAGCCAACUCAUUUGGACUCCUUUCUUAUACCCAUCAUUAAUGAAUUGCGAGAUCUUGAGGCACAUGGCUUGGUUGUCAAGCACAAUGGAGUGGAGCUUUGCAGAUCCAAGGUCUAUCUUCUGCUUGCUUCUGGCAAUAUUCCAGCUGUAGCUGAUAUGGCCCACAUUGGUUCCCAUACAAGUUUAUUUGGUUGCCGUUUUUGUAAGACCAAAGGCAAAUGCCCUACUAACAGACGGCAUGGCAUGUACUUUGAUGACAUUUCCACCUGGUUAAGACCUUUGAAAGACUUCAAAGUAGGCAACCCUUCGAAGAACAUAUACCAGCCAAGCAUAUAUACCCAACUCUCAACCUUCUCUGGAUCAUCAUUUUUUGCAUUAGAUGAACUUCAUUUAAUUGCAAGAGGGAUUGGAAAGCUUAUGUAUGACCUGAUUACUGUCACCCUCACAAAGGAAACCAAAUUUUAUUAUACCCAUCCAGACAAUACCCUCAAUACCACCGAAUACCCUUUUCAUAUACCAAGAACAGACCUUGUAACAAUCGGAAACUGUAUCACCAGCUUACAAAAAUAUAUACCCACCUCAUUUCAAGGCAGUUUUGACAACAUAUUUGCCAAUAUCGAUGGUACUCGCAUAGUAGACUGGCUUGACUUUCUCUUAUACCUUGUCCCCACUUUGGUCAUGCCUUAUUUACCAAAUAGGGCUGUCAAAACAGCUCUAUUAUCUCUUGUGAAAGGUUGUGCGCUUGCCUUGCAAUGGACAUUGACAUCAGAAUUGCUUGAUGAGAUGGAGUCAUACUUCAAGCACUGGCACUCGUUUUUAUACCAACAACAGCAAGGCCCCCUGCAAUGCUACUCCACUCGCUCAAUGGAGAGAGUAAUUGGCGUCUUCUCGAAAUUGAUAAAGUCCAAAUCAAAGGGUGGCCGAAAUGCCAGUUUUCUUGUCGAGCGAUUUGCAAUUCACAAUUAUACCAGCACGGCAAUCAGCAUCUGUGAUGAAAUCAACCUCAUUCAGCCAAAGCCAUAUGGAAGAGAGAGCUACAUGGACCUUCCUAAUGAUCCUAGUGGUGCGCAGUUGUGGGAGCCGUUUCAUCAGUUUGUUAAUUUGAACAAUGAUUUGGUGGAAGGUGUAGGCGGCCCUAGUGUAAAGGAAGCUUUAUUGAAAUACUACUGGAGAACAACAGGCUUGACUGGCCACGAGUUUGGUGACUCUGUUGUUGUUGUAGUUGCACGUCUGUGGAUGGACUUGACUAAAAACGAGACCAGCCGUGGCAACCAUUAUGUGAUGUUUACUUGCCCCUAUAGAAACAACCGUAAUGUAAUUGUUCACAGCUGGCUCGUCGGUACAGUACAGUUCUACUUUCAGCAUGUAGAUUUCUAUGGCUUCCCACACUUUCUUGCUUUCGUGGAGGUCAUGAAGGAACAUGACACGGCUGGCCAUGACUCAUCAGUACCUAUUGUCAAACAACGGUCACAAAGCACCAAUACACUAGGCCACCAAACGCAACCAACUUAUGCAGUUAUAAGUGUAAAUGACAUUUGUCAUCAAGUUGGUCUGGUCCAAUACCCACCAAAUGGAAACCAGUUUUAUGUAAUUGCGCCCUAUUAUAUCUUUAACAACAACAUGCGCAUUACUAAAGGCAAUCUUUCCAUUCUGUAA